UCUCUAUAAUAAGCCUGUGAUCUAACCAUGCAGAAACUUCAGGGUCCAUUUCAUAGCUGGCAAAUAUAAGACUUUGCUACUUUAGACUUAGGGUCAGAUUGAUCCAGUCUCUUGUGUAUAAAGGAAACGGCAUUUUCUUCAUAAACCGACGGUUCGGAUCAUCAUGCCUGUCGACCUUGCUAAAGAGAGACAGCUACAGGGUGUGGCGCUGUGCUUAGAGGCACGAGGAGAGUGCCUAGACCUGGGAAAGAAGAUCAGCGUUCCACAGGAUAUAAUGAUGGAGGAGUUGAACCUGCGCUCAAACAAGGGAUCCAGAAUGUUCCAAGCGAGACAAAAGAGAUCAGAGAAGUUCACGCUGGAAGGUGCAGGAAAACAAGCUGACGAUCAAAGCGAGACAUCAUAUCAUCAGGCUACAGAAGAGCUGACAGACAAAGCUCACAGCAGCACAAAGGUCAACCCACCAGAGAGAAACAACCUGCUGGCUAAACUCCAUCACAGCGUAGCCAAAAAGGGAAGUCCGAGCGUUCUGGCACCAGGAUAUUCUGGGCCUCUGAAAGAGAUUCCUCCUGAGAAAUUCAACGUUACUGUAAUCCCCAAGUCAUACUGCUCACCAUGGGAAGAACAGAGCGACAGCAAAAGCAUGCUGGUGACCAUUAGCUCCAAUCUGCCCGAACCUCCUCAGAAACUCGUCCCUGCUAACUACAGAUGCUUCAACAGAGCUCCGAUGCCAUUUGGAGGGACGUCAGGUGGCACCAGGACCCUGCCUCUGCCUGGCUUUGAACUCUUGCAGGCCUACACGGAGCCCACACUCACCUGGGAGAGGAUGUGCGCUCGGCCCAACUUUAACCGCAUCCCGAGAGGCUGGACAGCUUAA